CUGUUUAUCUAUAUCAGCUGCUUGUUGAGCAGUUGUCUAAAGAUAAUUGUCUGACGAUAAGAGUGAGAAUCUUCAGAUUCAGUGAUACAUGGAUCUACACAGCCCACGCAGCGAAGAACACGAGCGAACGCUUUACAGAGCUAUAGUCAUUGUGAUCUACUCAGUUUCAGGUGCGUCACAAGGGCUCCGCCGUAUGACAAAAAGGCGCCUCCCGUCAGUCCAUUCGGGUCGUGCUUAAAACGCCCCAUCCGGGCUGCUGUGGUCCCGUCCUAGACCGAUAGCAAGAUGCGACGAAAAGCUCGUAUUACCAUCCCGACUCGAUAAGCUAGGAAGGAGAAGAAAAAUAAAAAUGCGCCCCAAGGGGACCGCGAUCUGCGAGGCAAGCGAGAGGGUGUGCGGAAUGACGGCAGCGGUCGUCUGACUGGUCUGCUGCUUGUCUGUGCCCCGAGGCAGCUUGCAAGAGAGAAGACGGCAAACAAGCCAGCCGCUCACUUUCGCGCUGGUCGCGGUUUUUCGACACUCGGCGUGCCCGUAUAACGACGCGUACAACCAUGGCGACGGAAAACGACAAGGCGGUCCUCGAGGCCGUUUUCAACCCGCUGUUCUCGGAGUUGGGAUUUUCGACCGAAGCGGAGGACGACCAAGCGAGGAGCGCAGAUGCCGGCCAAGAUGACGGGACGCCGAACCAGGUGAAGACGCUGGAGGUCGAAGGCGUGGAGGCUGCUGAGAAGGGCGACAUCGACCGUGCCAUCGACAUCUUCGGCGAGGUGAUCCGCCUGGCGCCCAACAGGGCCUCCGGCUACAACAACAGGGCGCAGGCGCUGCGCAUCAAGGGCGACGUUGACCGUGCUCUAGAAGACCUGAACAAUGCCAUCAACCUUGGCCAGGGGAACAAACAUGCUGCUGCACAGGCCCUGUGUCAACGUGGACUCAUCUACCGGCUCAGGGAGCAGGACCAAGAGGCUCAAGCGGACUUCAAGGAGGCUGCCAAACUGGGAAGCCAAUUUGCCAAGAACCAGCUGGUCCAGAUGAACCCAUAUGCGGCUCUGUGCAACCGCAUGCUAGGCCAGAUGUUUGCAAAGCUCAGGCAGGGAGAGGAUGACACCAGAUAAUGAACCACCAUAUGGGUGGUCCUUACAUGAAGUGGUCACAGAACUUUUUGUCCAGGAGAAUGGCUCCCAUGUGGCUGAGCUUUGUUGACUAAUCAUAUCAGUGUUGUUGCCAUCUAACUGCAUGUAAAAAAAUCAAAAAUGUGGUCCUUACUAAGGCUUGGCUUUUAGAGGCUAGUGUUCGCUCCAGGUCAUACUUUGCAAAUGACUACACAUUCAGCUGAAACCUAUAUUUGGAUGAGAUUUGUCACCUUUUACAGUACCUGACAUUGUGCCAUGGCCCUGUUUAAAGCGAUUACCUGGGAAGACUCUGUGAUAACAUUGUUACCCAAACAGCACUUUAGUAUAACUACUCCCAAUGCUUCCACAAAGUUUUUGUGACCCGCCAUGGUGGCUAAGUGGCUAUGGUGUUGCGCUGCUAAGCAUGAGGUCGUGGGAUCAAAUCCCGGUUGCGGCAGCUGCAUUUCAAUGGGGGCGAAAUGCAAGAACGCCUGUGUCCCGUGCAUUGGGAGCACUUUAAAGAUCCUCUGGUGGUCAAAAUUAAACGGAGUCCCCAACUACGGCGUGCCUCGUAAUCAAAUCGUGGUUUUGGCAUGUAAAAACCCACAAAUUCAUUCAUUCAAAGUUUUUGUGUUCUAGGCUUGCCCAAACAGGACUGCAAUAUGCGCAAGAGAGCUAUGUAUAUAAUAACUGCAGAUGGAACAGAUGUGCGGAUGAAAAGGUUAUUUUGUGUAUAAUAAAGUAAUGUCUUUAUUAACAGUCUUUGUCACAAUGCCUGGCGUUUCUCUGAAUGUCAACCAGGCUGCUGCUUCAAGGUUACAAAGAGCAAUCUUUGAAAAGAACACUUCACACAACACUGCCAGUACUAAGCUAUUCAACUUUAUUUGAGCGAGACAGAAGUAGCUCAUGAAAGAAUAACAAUAAAAAGGGAUGUUUCCUUCAAGACUGCAUGUUGAAAAACAUGCGUACUCACACUAAUCUCCAAAGUCUUUUGAGAUGAUGUCCCAUCAUAGGGAUGUGCAAGCACUACUGUACAUAAUGCCCACUCAAACAAUAAUCAACCAGCUUUCGCCUGCUCAUGAGAUGUGCAGUUGUUGAGAAUAUGCCUUAGAGGUGCCUUCAUUGUCGAGUUGAAAGACAUAACUGCAUUGGGGCUUGCACAAGGCUGCUUUCUUAGUUAUAUUAUCACACUUAUGAGCAACUUUUCGAUUUACUUUGGUGAUUAACUUCGUUGGCACAGUGACUAGCCUUGGAUGUGGAAGGCUGUCUGUACAGUUUCUUAUUUAGCAAUGCAGCACAUUAAACAGAUCUUUCACUUGCUAGAACCACGUAAUGCAUCUAGAAGAUAAAAGACUGAUGUUCAGUCUUUGGGACUUCCAGUAACAACUGCAAGCUUACUGAAAGUUUGUUUUGCAACGUGUUUACCAUUUGCAGUGUAUGUAGCAUACAACACAAAAGCUGGUGCGAUAGAGAUCCUUUGCAGUUGGUAUAAUGUUGAAAUUGCUUCAUGGAAAAUGAAUACCUUCAAUGUAUGCAAUGCACUGCACUAAACACUUGAGAUAACAGUAAUCGCAAAGGAGGCACAAAUGUUAUGUUUGUAGCAGUAAAUGAGCACAUCACAAGGGUUGCGAAGCGAGUACUCGCAUCUGAGCGUUUCACUGAGUGACUAUCACUGCUCGUGCCAGCACAAAAGUGACAAGACUUUAAAUAAAACAGUAUGUGAUGAUGUUCUCUGAAAGAAUGGGCAUGACCUUAUGCUCUGCAGAUUACACUCUAAAAGUGUUACGCUCUUUAGGGAGUAAUUUUGCCACACAGCAUUACUGCAACAGUAGCUAAAAGCUCGAAACUGAGUUUGCUACAUCUCUAUCCAUCUACCCAUUUUUUCGUCUUGCCAUUGUCACCAUGGCGUCAUCGUCAGGCCAACUCCUUAUUCCUCGAUUCACCCUCGCCGUGUGGUGAGGAAAAGCAGAUUCUCACACACCAUUCUUCGCAGAAUGGUAACACACUGGCCCACCGAGCAGCUAUUGCUC